AGAGAAGAGAGGACUCCAAAGGGUGAGAGAGACUGCACAGUACACCAUAGUAAGACAGCACACACGGAGCGCUCCGAACUGCGAAGUUUCCAAAGGGAUCUUUGCUACCUUGUCACCUUCAUGUCGACUCUUUUGGAUAUUUUCACACCGAUGCUAUGGUUACUUUUAUUACGGGAAGCCUCCAAGUUGCCGUGACGACGACCUGACACCAGCAUGGUCUUACUAGAGCUUGCUGCAUCAGCUUGGCACACCGGUCCACGGGCAUUUGAAGGGGCACCUGCACUGGCUUGCACGAUUCCUCGCUCUGUGUGAAUCCUACAGGAGAGGCUCUUAGAAAGCUCUCUGUGGAUGAAUCUCUUUCUGUGGUUCUGUUUGCAUGCGUUGAGUCACAUCUGCUUUCCUCCCGGCUUGUAGCAGUGAAAGAGGAAAAUGAAAUACAGGAGCCCAGGGCGUGAUUGAAGAUUUUUUUUUUCUAUUUUUGUUAAGAGGCACAAUGGUUGGUUACCUAGGUGGGGCUGCUUAUACUUGAGGGGCCCUUUGAAUACCAGCUUGUAGCCAUUGCUAAUGACUGUCACACCUACUCACUGCUGCCGUGAAACUUUUAUCUCAUCAUUCAUCAAUCACGUUAAUAACACGCUGGACUGCUCUGCCUUUCAGAGGAUACCCUGGGACAGCCGCCUUGUGGGACGGUGUGUCUGAGGAGGUGGAGGAGUGGUACCUCUGCUGUGAAUGGGAAUGGCACGAUGUAUGGUUUUGCAGAUUAUUAGUGAUGCCUGUGUCCUGCCGAUGUUCAUUUCAGAAGCUGCCUCUCACUCCUCCUUGAUCUUUGACCCCCCCCCCCCACUUGCCGUGCGCAGCCUGCCUGAAAGGCUUAUGGGAAUUCACAUUGACUGAUGGAGUUCAGGCAGUCACUGCCACCUUAAAAACCAAGAAAAUGGCAGCGGCUGGUUGUGUGCCGAGUCGCCACUCCCAGAAUCUGCUGACCUGGACUUUGGCGCUGAAUUAUUUAUGGCUACAGCUGUGUUAUUCAUUUAUUCAGUCAUUUGUUCAUGAGUAUCGUCAGAACAGAGCUGAAUCUGACUCAAAUGCCUAACUGGCAGGCUUAUGUUUGUUCUGAGUAUAUUGUAUUUAUGGGAUGAGAGGUGCCUGAGCUGAACUUUCAGCAUCAAGGGGAGUCGCCUGGAUUCUUACUCCAUUUGGCUUUGUGUUACGAUCUGUUACAUGCUCUUUUAUUGCUCUUUUAAAAGACUUUUCAUUAUACAUGGUACUGAACUGAAUCCUUGUGCCUUAAAGUUUCUCACUGGUCACAAACAACCAAUAAUCAAGAAUUGCGUUUGCAGUUUUUUUGCUCCAUAGAAAAGCAAAACACCUUCUGAAGUAUUUAAAUGAAGGAUAUGGGGUGUUUGGGUCCGUGUGUUAGAGCGUAUUCCCAAAUUUAUUUGCUAACAUGCAGACUUCACUUACUGUGAGAGAUUUUAUGAGCUGCGAUGUUAGACUGAGCAGCAAAACUUCAGGGUCUGUACCAAUGACUCAUGGACUGAUUAAUCCCAGCAAAGAGUCCCUUAGUAUUUACUAUAGGAAAUGACAAUGAGCACAGAGUAAGGUCUUCCUUGUUAAGAGGUUGAGAAGGCCGAUAGGCAGCCCGGCUCAGCAAAAACAUCCUUGUAGCAGGACCAAAUGGGAUCAUAGCUGCAGUUUGUUGUUGACGCGUGUCAUGUGACUGCAUGUGUAACAGCCAAACUGCUAUGGGCUACAUGGCUGUAAUGUAUGGCCAGGUGCAUCAGGUUGAAGGCUGCCUAGUUACUUUGUUUGUCAGCGUGAUUUAUUAACCUGUCGAUGCUGUUCAACUACAAGCAUAAGAUGUUAAACUGUAGGGUGAUUGCAUGGUGUGUGGGAGUUUUAGCAUCAAGAGGAAUUUUCCAAAUUAUGCACAGAGCUUAACUUUUAUUAGUUCUUCUCUGUUUUCAUAGCGUUUUAUAGAAUUUCUCAAUUUAUGGCCAACUUACGCAGAGCACACUUAACACUCAGGGCAGGUUAAGAUGAAGUCUUCAUGGUGUUAUUGCUGUUCUGUUGAGAAAAGCAUGGAUGAAGCCGACAGCCUCUUUGUUUCUCUGUAGAUUAUUCAGGUGAAUCUAGUGAUGUCCAUUCUGCUCUACGUGAUGUUCCUCGCGUACCUGUGCGGCAUCCAGGCCAUGUCGAUGGACAAGCGCAGGCCCACACCAGAUCCGGUCAACUCGCUCAUCAUCCGGCUGCUACAGGCGGACAUCAUCCGGAGUCACAGCGUUGGGGAGACCCCCGGAGCCAGGGCUGAGACAGCGUCCAACGGGCCCUGGGGCUCGGAUUACCUAGGGGAGGUGCCGGCAGGCCGCCGCGUCCUAGGUGGCGACGGUUAUCCGGAGCGGAUGGCUCUGGGCUUCCGGAACGUUCCGGACUUGAGCGAGGAGCUGCUCCGGCAACACAAGCGCCACAACUCACCGCGGGUGGUGCUGAGUGAGAGGCCACCGCUGCAACCUCCGCCUAUGUAUCUAGGCGACGACUAUGUAAGCACCGCGGAGAUGGGCAACAAGACCAGGAGGAGGCGCUACACGCAGCACAGGAGCUACCGGGGCGAGUACUCGGUGUGUGACAGCGAGAGCCAGUGGAUAACGGACAAGACCAGCGCUGUGGACAUCCGUGGACGCCAGGUCACCGUCCUGGGCAUGAUCAAGACCAGCGGCUCGGACGUCAAGCAGUACUUCUACGAGACCAAGUGCAAGAGCAGCAAGCCGGUGAAAGGCGGCUGCCGGGGAAUCGACGACAAGCACUGGAAUUCGCAGUGCAAGACGUCGCAGACCUACGUGCGUGCAUUGACCUCGGAGAAGACCUCCGUCAGCUGGAACUGGAUACGGAUAGACACGUCCUGCGUAUGUGCGCUGUCACGCAAACGCCGCAGGACAUAGCGGCUCAAGACAGGCACAG